UCGGUUUCUCUCCCACAAGCUCUGCUAUAGCUGCUGCGGCCUGCUCCUUUAACCAGCGGUCGCUUUAAAACAUUUGAAAACUCUGGUCUACUGCAAACUACAGAGAGAUUUAUCCGGAGGUUGUAGGCUUAAUCAGCAUUGUGUGAACUCGCUUGGCAAUGGCUUGAACCUAAAAGACUUUCAUUUGUAUGUCAAAGUUCCAUAUUCCAUCUUUAAAACAUGACUAAAUCUAUGAGUAGCAGGUAGAAACACCACAAGACAAAUGGUGUGAGCUCACAACUUGUUUUUAGAUGGUUUGCAGGUCAUAUUCUGUCUAGAAAAAAUGUCUCCAUACAAGAUAAACUGUCACCCAGAAUGUGUUGUUUCAGCUCUCCAUCUGCCAAAGCUUGUUUUUCAAAACACAACAAUUAAGAUUUACUUUGAUCAGCUCCAUAAUUAAUCAAUACACUUGAAAACGGCCCACUGACAGCAUUCAAAUACGCUGCUAAAACACAUAUGCACAGUUCUGCACAUGUAUGUGAACAGAUCAAUAACUACCACGACCGUCACUAUCCUGUGAUCCAUCGGUCGCAAUCAAUCACUUCGAGAUCAAACAUCACCGUCAAGUGCGACGAGGACGUGAAUCUUGCCGGGGUCUCUGCGAAUCCUAUUGGUUUACUGUCAUCACCGCGGGCGCCUCUCUCCCUCUCUCUCCCUCUCCCUCUUUCUACAACAGCAGCAGCUCCAGCUCGCUCACCACGGAGAAGAGCACAAGGAGCGCCUUCUCUUCAAAGCUCACUCAACUCAUCUUUACACCGACAAACACCAACGCAGCUCCCAGGGUGGACCCUAAUUCUACGCCUCUAAACUGCUGGUCUGUGAUCACGGGACAAGAGAUCUGUACAUUCGCUGCCAUGGAGGGCAAUCGCAGUGGCCUGGCUGGCGGCAUGCAGACAGACGGCCACAUUUACGAGGUCGCGGUGCAGAACAACUCCGCCAACCGCAGCUCCCAGUUCGCAGAUGUGGCCCUGCUGCAGACGUUCAAGCCUCUCAUCAUCCCCUUCUAUGUGCUGGUUGUGGCGGUGGGUGUGUUUGGGAACUACCUGCUCCUCUACGUCAUCUGCCGAACCCGCAAGAUGCACAACGUCACCAACUUCUUCAUUGGGAACCUGGCCUUCUCUGACAUGCUCAUGUGCGUGACCUGCGUGCCCUUUACCCUCGCCUACGCCUUCAACCCACGCGGCUGGGUGUUUGGCCGCUCCAUGUGCUACCUGGUGUUCCUCAUCCAGCCGGUCACAGUCUACGUGUCAGUGUUCACACUCACUGCCAUCGCUGUUGACAGAUACUACGCGACCGUUCAUCCCCUGAAGAAGCGCACCACUGUGACCACCUGCGCCUCCGUCCUCACCGGCAUCUGGCUGCUGUCCUGCGGCCUCGUCGCUCCGGCGGUCACCCACACCUACCACGUGGAGUUCAAAGAUGAGGGCUUCACCAUCUGCGAGGAGUUCUGGCUGGGUCAGGAGAAAGAGAGACGCGCCUACGCCUACAGCACCCUGCUGGUCACGUACGUCCUGCCGCUGUCAGCCGUCUUCGUGUCGUAUCUCUGUAUCACCGUCAAGCUGAGGAAGUGCGUGGCACCGGGCAACAGGACGCAAGGCCAGGCGGGAGCUCACCAAGCUCGUAAGAGAAAGAUCUUCCGCCUGGUGGCGCUCUUGGUGUCUGCCUUCGCGGUGUGCUGGCUUCCUAUCCAUGUGUUCAACGUGCUGCGGGACAUAGACAUCCACCUCAUCAACAAGCGCUAUUUUUUGCUCAUCCAGCUACUGUGCCACCUGUGUGCCAUGAGCUCGUCGUGCUGUAACCCCUUCCUGUACGCGUGGCUGCACGACCGCUUCCGCGCAGAGUUACGCAAGAUGCUCAAGUGCCGUCACCGCAUCGGAGUGCCUGCAAAUCACUGUGCCGCCAGCGUGGUCUUGUAAAUUACCUGGCGAAGAGAAUCCUUUGACGUUAUUGCCGUCUAAGUUGCUGGUUCAUCUUGAGUACGUGUGGAAAUGUCAUAGUGUCACCAAAGUGAUGGAGUUUUUCCUCUGCUCACCAAAAAAAGAAAAUCCACAGAAACAUUAUAAUUUGUUACAUUAGUUAUGUUAGUUAUCUUUAAAGAUCAUCUACUGACCCAAACUGUCAGGCAGCAUGGAGGCAUCCAGUCGAUUCUAUGGCAAUCUUUGAGUUUGAAAAUGAAAACAUUUGAAACUUUGCCCAAAACAGGGCAAAUCAGUUGUUCAUCCUCUGUGGACCAUGAAUAUCCACAAAUCUUACUGCAAUCCAGCCAUCGAGUUAAAAGUUGGUUUACUGGAGGUCCUUGCAAAAGGAAAAUCUCAUGUAGGCUUAUCCUCUAGGAAGCAUGACAUACUGUGCCUAAAUAAAAGUUCAUUGGAUCACUGGUAACAUUAUGACUAAUCCUCUGGGGGCUAUGAAAAAAAAGGCCAUUAGUUUCAACCACAGUGUUGGUAAAGGGAAACUUCCACAUUACAGUGGCGUUAGGUGAAAGGUCAAGGUGUCUCUGAAGUCUAAAGAGGGUCAGGAGACAAACAGUAUGUCUUCGCAACCAUCCUCUGAAAACCAUGAAUAACCACACAGAAGACAAACACAAUCAGGCCGCCAGCCAAUAUCUUUCUCUGGAGCAGAAACACUGAAAGGACAUUUUCAUCAGGAAACUCCCGGUGCCAAGUUCUGGUCAACUCUAACAGAGGAAACCACUGAAAGCAUUCUGAGCAUUCGAGGCGCACACUGGCAUUGGAUGCUCACGGCCGAGGACAGGAGAGGAAGCAGUACAGAGGUACCCGCUGCAGCACCACCAGAUUACAGAGCCUCUAUCCUCAGGCUGUGAGACUCCUGAUCACCCACCGUGCUCAAAAAUACAAAAACAUUUCUAGGAUUUAUUUAUGAAUCCUUAUAUUUUAUUUCUGUUUGCGUGAGUGUUGUAUAUAUAUAUAUGAAAAAAGUUAAUGAAUAAACAUGGGUACUGCAACAAAGACUACCAGCCAGGCUGAAAGCUAAAUGUUUACUGCAUAUUUCGCUCUUUGUAACUAAUUCAGCCUUGAUGAAAUAUGAUAAUUAAACAUUAAUAACUGCCUUGAAAGAAGAAUGUGGAGACAUAAAUUCUUGUGCGACUGGAACAUUUACGCACACCUGCCCCUGUAUGAAAUGAUGAAAACGAUCUUUGUAACGAGAAGAUAACGACCCCGUGAUAUGAAAGAGAUUAGAUCGUCGGGGUGUCGUGUUUUUUCUUUAAUAAAUGGAAGAGGCUCAAACACCUAAAAUGAGCUAGUGAAGGCUGGAACGGAGUUGUGCGUGAUGAACAAAGUGCAGCUCGAACUGUCAGCUGCAGAUGUGUGCAGGUGUGUUUCCACCCGCUCGCUGAGGUCACGACUAAUCCUCGUGUGAAGCCCCGUUGAAUAAAUUACAUUUGUGAACUUGCUCCCCGGGGCUUUCAUUCUCUUAAAGCCUCUGUGUAGAUGAUGAAUAUGCGCCUUAACAUUUAAUUCAUUAAAUUGUUUCCCAUGGCAACGUGCUGUAUAUUGGCUGUAAAUUGUGGAGACUGUUUUCCUUCGUAUCCAUAAUGCUUCAGGACUGAUUUACAUGCGUAAUUUUAUUUAUUUAUAGUAUCCACACUCUUAACAUUGGGUCUGUCGGGAGCAGGCUGACUUCGUUCCAGUUCCACUAUUUCCUUUGCAUUAAAGCUUUCAUGUUCUGUAUCCUCCAUAUGCAUAUUUAUCUCUUUGCAGCAGGUGGACGGGACAGAUUUAUCUUUGCAGCAGUGACAACUCAACAAAGUCAGCCAGUGUUACAGUCAGUCCUCUGCAGUGAGGCGGAUG